AUGGAUCGCAAACAAGUGAGCAUCGAGCUUACCAGCAAAUUAUCCGCCUUACCUGAUGCUGCACGAAAUGAAGAGCUUACCUCGGAGUUGCAACUUCCUCCCGACCCGCGUGAAGCCCAGAGUCGGGUCUUAUCGAGUUCCGUUACUUCAACAGCGUCCUCAUCCGCAUUACUGAACACCGCAAAACAGGGGUCCUCAGUUUGCUUCCGUACUAUUGGCUUUGGCCAAUGUGGAAUGGUCUUCGAACGGCCCGGUCGAGCAUACGUAGUCAAAAUCGCUCGCCCGGCAUUCGAAAACGCCCUUUGGGCAGACUUUCAAGCACACUUGGCAAUUUAUCAAGCAUUUAGAAACCAGCAGUCCGUCAAAGUAGGCAUUCCCCAAUUUUUCGCAUACGUCACAAAAACCAACGAUAAAUGGUGGGACUCCCAUGUGAACCUUUUUCAUGGAUCACAUCCCCCUUUCCCUAUGUCUGCAAUGGCCUUGAUCACCGAAAGGAUACUUCCACUGCCUAAGCUUGCUCGACAAGCUCUCAUCGAUGCCUAUUGUCCCGGGUCAUCGCAACUCACUGCAGCGGCUGAAGACACUAAUCGGGACUGUCUUACCUAUAUCUAUCUCGGCCGUCACCAACCCUACAUAGCCCCCACGACGACCGAGACUACCUAUAGCCCAGCUAUUUUGGCAGAUGUUGGGGAUCGAAUUAAAGUUAGAUGA